AUGGAUGACGAAAGUGCUGCUAAUCAAGUACAUACUAACAAGUUAACUCAAUUACUUUUACUCGAUGAUAUCAAAAAUGAAAAAACAUUCGAGAUGAGCGAUGAUGAACAAAACUUAUGCCAUAUAUGUAGUGCCUGUCAAAUACCUAUAGCCGAUCAAUUCUACUUACGUGUUGGCUCAAAAAUCUUUCAUGAAUCAUGUUUGCAAUGUGCUGUUUGUCAAAUAGCUCUUGAUAAACAACAAACAUGUUUCUUCAAAGGUUUACAAAUUCUCUGUCGACAAGAUUAUUACAAGCACUUUGGAAAUAAAUGUUCCAAAUGCGGUCGACAUAUCCAACCAAGUGAUUGGGUUCGUCGGGCACGUGAACAUGUUUAUCAUUUAGCUUGUUUUGCGUGUAACACAUGCAAACGGCAGUUAUCAACAGGCGAAGAAUUUGCUUUACAAAGUAGUCAUGUUCUAUGUAAAACACAUUUUAUUGAUCCGAACGAGACCAAUGAUGGUAAAGAUGAUACGAAACAAGGGAAAGCGAAACGUGUGCGAACGACAUUCACUGAAGAGCAAUUGCAAAUUCUACAAGCGAAUUUUGAAGUCGAUUCAAAUCCUGAUGGACAAGAUCUGGAACGUAUUGCACAGAUAACAGCUUUAACCAAACGAACAACGCAAAUUUGGUUCCAAAACGCUCGUGCUCGAAUCAAGAAAAAGCCGUGCGCAACAACCAGUUCGCCACCUACUUACAAUGCCUUAACCAACAACAAUCUCAAUAUUGUUGACACACUUCAUUUAUCUGCAGAACAACAUUUGGAUUCGAAAGUCAAUCAACAACAUUUACAAUGGUCACCAUCACACACAUCACCUGGUUCGUCGUUGAUUUACGAUGGUGAAAAUAGCAACGAAGAGUAUUCGACUGGAUACAUCUAA